UAUCAUAAAAAAGGCCAAUGAAAUUGGCAUGUGUAUAUAAAGAGAAAAGAGAUCAGAAUUUCCCUAGUAGGCUCAACAAAUGGAAACAACAAAAUCUUUGUCACAUCCUAAUAUGGUUGUGACUGAAGGUGUUUGAAAUUUAAGCAUCUUUGUUGCCACCACAUCAUAGGUUUUUGAGGCACAAAACGCCAAUUAUCAAUGACCAUUCAAGCCUCAAAGGUACUACUCCCUACUGCCACCACCUCUCCCCAUUAGACUUUUAGUACAAUGCUUUGAUAGACCUCUUGUGUCCUAUGACAUAUGUCAUAUUUUGAUUUCACUUCCAUCUCUUACACAUAUUCAAACACACACUCAACAAAUGUUAUCUCAUCAUGGUGAUGCUAGCAACAAUCUAACCACAGAUCACCAAAAUCUUACUAGGGUUUCAUCAUCUUCCUCAUCCACCACCUCUUGCAACCGCUCAACCACCACCAGAACAAUGGAGGAGGUGUGGAAGGACAUCAACCUCUCCACCACCAACCACCAUGCCACCGCCGGCAAGGGCUACCGUGGGUUCAUUCUCCAAGACUUUCUUGCAAAACCCUUUUCUAGUAAUGACACAACCACCAGUGUUUCUCUUUCUCCACCUGGGUAUGGAUCGCCGUCCCCACCACCACCGCCACCGCCGCAGCAGCAGCAGCAACCCAUGCUAUUUAACCUCAACUCCGGCCCGGACCAGCUCAACUUUCUGACUGAUGAUCAAGUGUUGGCCUCGGCUAACUCGUCUUCAGGGUUGCUGGGGAACAACAUUGGUGGGAUGAGGAUCUUGCCGGCGACAGACCGGACCGGUGGCGACCGCCGGCACAAAAGAAUGAUCAAGAACCGUGAGUCUGCCGCUCGGUCAAGGGCUAGAAAGCAGGCUUACACCAAUGAGUUGGAAAACGAAGUGGAACGUUUGAAAGAAGAAAAUGCGAUGCUCAAAAGGCAACAACAACAGUUGCAGGUGGCAACAGCAUCUCAAAUGACCAAAAAGAGGGGCCUCCAAAGAACAUCAACUGCUCCAUUUUAAGACAAAGAGGGUGGUAUAUUUUAGGAAAGAGUGAAAAUAGGUAAGAAUGAAUUUUUGAGGGGGUGUUUAGGAAGUUAGAUAUAAGAAGAAGGGUGUGGCAGGUAGAAUGUUAUGUUGCCUUAUUUUGGGUCAAUUUUUCCAGCAUGCAAAAGCUUGUUGGCUGUACUUUUGGCCCACUUGUCUAAUCUGGUAAUUUAGCAAUCCUAAAUAUUGAAAAUGACAUGAAACUACCCUUUAUGUA